GCCUUACUCAACGUCACGUCACGUCACGUCACGUCAGUUACGUCUCGUUCUCUGCCAUCACCCUUAGUCGUACAUUUGAAUGCAUCGACGAUGAAUCUUUUUUAGAACUUACCGAAAAUGAUUUACAAACAAUGAACAUUAAAAUGGGGCCUCGAAAACGUAUAAUGAAAUUAAUUAAGGAAAAAAAAGAGAAAACAAACGUCAUAAUAAAUAAUUAUAUCGUUGAACAUGAUGGAUCUGUGAUAUUAGAAGAUAGUGUUCUAUCAUCUCCCUCUACGUCAAAUCCCCCAAUAAAACAAUAUGAACCGUCUGCAACGGAAGAUAAUGUUUUGGGACAUUCUUUAGAUCCGCCCAUACCUGAACUAAAACCACCAGAAGACAGAUUCUCGCGCUACAUUACAGUAGAGAACACACUAAAAAUGCAUCCUCAGGUAAAGAUGUAUUAACAGCAGCCAAAACUGCAUUUACAGAAGAAGACAGAAGAGCAUUGAUACGCAUUGUCGUAGCAGAGCUAGUGAAAGUUCAUGAUAGCUGUUAUCCUCCAGAAAAGGCAAAAAUUGCACUUGCUACAGCAAUUAUACGUGAAUUUCCUUUGUUGAAAGACGUACAUUCUAUCAAAGGUUAUGAACAUUAUUACGAUAGUACAACAAAAAGAGGUUUUAUAGAAUAUCGUCUAUGGACUAUUCGGAAAACAAUGUCGCCUUUAAAGAAAAAAUAUAAUACAAAGAAGAUAUCAUGGCUGCAAUGCAAACAUCCUUCCCAGGAAAACAAGCAAGGAAUAUUCUCUUACAUGAAAGAUACAUUUCCAAAUAGAAGACAUUGGAUCAAAACAGCAAAUCCAAACAUAACAGAAAUUUUCCAAAAAUAUCCACGAUUGAUAGAUUACAAUGGGGAAAUGAUUAAUGUAGAGUUUCAACAAAUGUUUGAUGGGUUGGAAGACAACUUUUUAACACGAUUUCCUGCGUACUAUACCCCGAGAAUAAUAUCGUAUGCAAAAUUGCAUCGACGUCAUGUGUACGAAAAUGUACCCAUAAGCAAUGAACAUAUGAGAGCAUUGAUCAUACUCGCGGAAUUAUUGCCAGAUAGUAAUGCUUUACAAAGCAGAAGAGGACAACAAGUUCGAAAGGGGAAAGGAAAAAAGAGGCAAUAUGAAGACAAAGAAAUAUGCAUUGAAAGUAAAGCAGAACAGGGAGGAGAUUCUUGUUCAAAGUUCGCCACUGGUAAUAAUACCCGGUUUCUGCUUCAAAUUUUGCCUGAAGGAAGUAACAUACAACAAUUUGUGGAAUCAUUUAUAAGUUCCGAAAACACGAAUGUUCAACCAUUCAUCGUGUGUGUGCGCGGUCAAAAAAAAGAUAAAUAUUUUAUUCAAGGAGACAGAUGGUUUAUAGAAGUCCUGAAUAAAGCUGAUCCUAUAGUGUCAUUCGAUUUAUUGUUUAAACUAUUUUAUGUGCUCAAUUUGUCUUAUCCUAUGUCUUUAAACAAUUUUUUUAAUUUUAUUGAUUUUUAUAUUUUUAAAACUACAAACAAACCAAACAGUGUAGUAGCAUCAAUGCAUGUAAAUAUUGCAAAUUGUUCAAUAGAAUAAUAUGUUCAAA